AUUUGAACUUGAAGGAGAUUUUCUUGCCAGUUCGCGCUCACCGUCAUCUUUAGCUGGUGAGGAGGAGCGUAUCCUGCAAGAGAACUCCCUCAAGCGACAUCAGCAUGGAGGACCUCAGCCUGCUCCUGCCUCUGAGUCUUACUGGGAACCAGACGAUGGCCGGGUUCUUGUCUUGUUCAGAACAAGCGCUGCGGAGAAGCAACGUCUCAGAAUGCGAGAGGGACUUGAAAAGCGUGUGGGCCAAGCUCAAGCGCAGGCCAACUCCUCGCACCCCACCCAGAUCUGCCCUGCAGAGAACAUCAGCCAAUGCACCAGGCAAAACGUCAGACCCAAGAAGGGGCGUGCAUUUUGUUUCUUAUAGCUCUUCACUCUCGCACCCCUUCUCUCGCUCCAGACGUUCAUUCGGAAGAACAGUCAAUCAGCCUCUGUCUCCUGCAAUCCCAGCUCGCCACAGCUCAAAAGCACAACCGCUGCGUAUUUGUUCAGCUCUGGAAAGACUGCCAGCUGGCAUCAUUGGAGCCCCUCUCUCCCGCUACCGCCAAGUCACCUCUGCCACAAUGGAGCGCAUUCUCACUGGCGCACCGCAGCGGUUUUGUUCAUACCACCCAGUGAUUGCCGCCUUAGCGCUGGCACUCGCUCUCAUCGGGCUAACUAGACUGGGGCGCUUUGUGGCGACGAGGAUCCUUCCCCCUGCCUGGCGCAGCAUCAGCGGACUGUUUCUCCAGCUUUUCCACAUUGGCCGCCAGCUGUUUGUGCGGUUGUUUAGAAAGAGGCGCCCGCCGGUGCAAUUGCCAGCGAUCCCUUUGCUUUUGGCAGCUGCCCCAAUCGGUUCCCACCUGUUCCGCCAAAUCUCUCCCUUCCUUCCAAAGGCAAUUGGCAUCGCACCGAAUGUACUAUCCGCCUUCAACCCCUUGACGCCAUUCCUUAGCAGUGCGAAUAGCCUCCUUUUGGACGCAUCUCAAUUGUGGGCUGCUCAGCCAAUCCUCUCCUCAGGACUCGUUUUGUGCACGUUCCUAGGAACGCAACAGCCCACUAUCCGGAAAUCCAUCUCUAAGCUGGGGUCUCUAUCCCUCAACCUAGUUGCCAGGCCUGUUGGGCGCUUCUUUCGCUGGGCGCUUGGGGCAAAGAUUCUGAUCCCCCGGUUUGUGGUUCUGGGCAUCGGGCUUCACUGGAUUCUGCGCCUGGGGUACUCUACCGGGCACUUGAUCACACACCUCCCUCCCUUGAAAGCAAUAUUCUACUCGAAACCGACGCUAGGGCUGGCUACAAUCACUUUAGUUACCUUGACGGCAAAAAGACUUCGGCGGAAGGCGUCGAAGGGAGGGGGAGGGGACGGGGUCUUGGUGGAUGACGUCACUCAGAUGAACGAGUGUGAGGUGGAGCGGGUGUUCAUGGUGGCGUCGGAGGAGGACGUGCGAGCGGUGGUGCGGGCCGCCCAGCUCAAGGGCUGUCAGGUUUCCAUGCGGGGCCAGUCCCACACGAUGGGCGGUCACAUCUUGGCGCCGGGCGGCUUCCUGAUUGACACCAAGUACCUCAACAGCAUGCGCUACGACCCGGCCUCGCAGACGGUGUCAGUUGGCCCGGGCGCGACUUGGGGCGACCUUAUCAAGUACCUCAACGACUUUGGAGUGUCGCCAAUGAUCAUGCAGUCCUACUGCUCCUUCUCCGUGGGUGGGAGCAUCAGUGUGAAUGCGCACGGCAUCACGGCGGACUGCGCCAUGCACGAGGCCGUUCUGCGGCUGCGGCUCGUCGACGCAAACGGACACGUGGUCAAUUGUUGUCGGGACGAGAACGCCGAGCUGUUCUCCCUGGUGAUCGGCGGCUACGGUCUGUUUGGCGUGCUGACGGAGGUGACGCUGCGCGUAGUGCCGAACGUGAAGACCGCGCUGGAGUCUCUCACGUUGGAUCGGCACCGGUUCGUCGACGCGUACACGCCUCUGCUGACGGACCCGGCGGUGGAGAUGAAACUGGCGCGCGUCGAGCUGACGUGGCACAAGUUCGACCGGAUCUCGCUCUACACCUCGAGGCGCUCCAACAAGGGCCAGCCGACGGUUAGUGACCUUCCGGAGGGGCCCCGCCAGAUGAGCCCUGCCGGCGCUCUUAUCUACAAGUGGCUCUUGCCGCUCAGGAUCGUCCAAAAGCUCCGCUUCUCCUUGGAGCGGCUGCUCCGCGUUCCGCUCGACUGGCAGCGGGAGGUCGACCGGAACUGCAUCCUGUACGAGAGCGCGUACCCGCUCGCGCACCUCGUGGCGCCCCUCGUGCGGCUCAACCAGACGCACGUUCUUCAGGAAUACUUCGUCCCGCACCAUCGAUUCGCCGACUGGAUGGAGGCCGCGACGGGCAUUCUGAGCGACGCACACUGCGAUAUCAAGCUGCUCAACAUCACCAUCAGGUAUCUCCAACCCGAUACCACCACAUUCCUGCGCUACGCCCGCUGCCCCAGCUUCGCGUUCGUGCUCUACUUCCGCCUCCCGUGCACGCCGGAGGGAGACGCGGCGCUCGGGGCAGUCCACCGGGCACUCGUGGACGCCACGCUGCGCCUCGAGGGCACCUUCUACCUGCCGUACCGUCCGCACUACUCGCCCGAGGAGCUGCGGACAGCGUACCCCAACAUCGGCGAGUUCUUCCGGCUCAAGGCCAAGUACGAUCCGGACAACAUCUUCUCCAACGUCUGGUUCACCACAUACGGCAAGGAGUACGUCAGCGUCGCCCGCCAGGCCACGUCACCAACUUCCGUCCUGCCCAAUUGUAUUGACGUCAGCAACAUAGUCGGUGUCACCAAUCACUUAGGUAACACCGAUAGCUCGACGCAGACUCGGAGCUGCCCAUCUUUAUCCGCGCCUUCUUCCGGCGACUUUUCUGCCGCCCCUAGUUGCGCCCGGGGGGAUCCCUCGGUCCCGAUCGAAACGGUGUCCGAGCACCGGACGAACUCGUACCGGGCGGUGCUCGCGAGCGACGCGCUGCGCGCGCGCCUGCAGCUGUUCCUGCGCCACGUGUUCCACGUGGAGAGCCCGGACGCGAUGUAUUCGUACGUGUGCCAAGCGGCUAUGGGUCCGCACGACAAGGACGACAGCCAGGUCUUCGCGGACUUGCAGCGGAUCCUAGACGAGCGGCAUCCGAUGCACAAGUUUGGGUCGCAGCUGCUGACGCUGAAGCAACUGAUCCUGCAAAAGGCCGACCUCGUGGAGCAGAUGGCCACGUGCGUCUCCCUCCUCGGCUUCGGCGGCCGCCUCCAAACCCUGCUAACCCUGGGCGACGCCGGCCGCCACGUCGUCGGCCUCCGGCGCGCGCUCGGCAUGCGCGGCCGCGCGUGCGUCGCGCACGACCGCGCGCGCUUCCCCGCGGACGCCCUGGAGCGCGGACGCCCGUGGCCGGUGGGCGAGCGCAUGGCGUAUGACUAUCAAACGUGUCCGGAGCUACCGUUACCGCCGGGCAGCGUGGACCUGGUAACGGUCAUGAUGGGGCUGCACCAUUUGCCCCAGGAACGACUUGGAGACUUUCUGGCGGACGUCCGGAGGGUUCUCGCGCCGGGCGGUUUGUUCAUCAUCAGGGAGCACGACGCGACCCCCGAUCUAGUUCCUCUCCUCGAUUUGGCCCACAGCAUCUUCAACGCGGCCACCGGCGUCCCCGCGUCCGAGGAAGCGUCCGAAGUGCGCGCGUUCCGGCCGCUCGCCGCCUGGCGUGCGCUCGCGCGCGCGGCCGGCUUCGUCGACCUCAUGGUGCGCGCACACGACCCCAAGGACCCCACGGAUGACGUCAUGUUCUGCUUCAUGAAGCCGCUCGGGGCGGGGCGCGGAGAAGCGCUUCUCGGCCACGUGGCACCGCAUAAGCGCUUCUCGCUUGUCGCCUCCGCGGCCGCGGACGUCCGACCCAGAGGCGCCUUUUCACACCGGGACCUGUGGGCCGGGGGCGCCCUGGGUGAAUACGGACAACUAGACGCGGCGAUAAACGAACGGCUUCUGGCGUACGAACGGAGACUAAUCCGCGGCUCGCACGCGUUCAACUUCUUCCGCCUCCCGGAGUGGAUGCUCGUCCACGUGCCCAAAUCGUUCGCCGCUUCGCUGGACCACACCGCCUGGUUCCGCUUCCCCUUCAUGCGCCACGUGGCGCUCUACUGGCGCGUGUGCGCGGCCGAGGCCGCGGCCGCCGCGCGCGCGCACGGCGUCGCGCACGGAGUGCUCGUGAACCGGGGCUUCCACAUGGCGGUCGUCAUCGGGGCGGUCCUGACGUUCGUGUUCGGACAGCUCGACAACGGAAGCCACUGGGAAAUCGUGCUCGACCGGACUAUUCCACCUCCGGCGGGAUCCGCCCAACUUCAAUUGGAGGAUAACCAGCUGAGGAUAGACGGGCGGCGUUUCAGUGACGCCCAUUCGCAAGCCGAGAGUGACCGGUUGGAACCAAGCGGGCAGUUCCGAAGCGGUGCGCUAGCACGCGCGAGCGCCGCCCGCGCGCCUUUGGACGAGACGCUCGCGGGCCUCCACCCGUCCGCCACGUGUCACGUUCUGGACGUCCCCUGGGAGAGCAUCCCGGGCGCGCUCGCGCAAAGGCUGGAGGGUUUGGGAGUUUCGGCGGCCGCGAAGGUGCCGCUGCUCGUGAUGCGCGUCCCGAAGCACGUGCCCUUCACCGAGAUUCUCAAGGAGCUCUCAUCCAUGACAGACCCUCGCAUCCACCUCCUGGCCAUCAGCUGCCUGUACGACGCCACGUGUCAAGUCGAGCUGCGCGUCGCGUCGCCCGCUGCGCGCGCGUGGGCCGCGCGCCAAGACGGCUGCGAGCUCGUCUUUUCGUUCACUUAUCCGGACGUACACUCCCCAAAGAAGGAAGAUGCGGAGGAGCACGUCAUUCUGGCCGUCCGGAUCUGGCGGCUCCUUCCGUUCCUGGCGGAGUGCAACGGAACGGAAGGGGUGACCGUGGUGCAGGUCUUCGAGUUCCAGGAGACUUGACCGGCAUCCAGCGAAACUAGCUUGACUGUACGGGCCCCAUGAUGUGAAAGUAGUGUUGCUAUUUAGAUAAGCAGAGAGUUUAUCUUGAAGAAGUCAUGGCAAUCUGCUAAUAUGUGUCCGCACAAGUGUGAUACUACGUAGAAAGGUCUGAAGUAAUCAGACUUAGAUAGUGUCUGUCAUCUAAUCUACCUUUUAUACAGAGGUGUUGAGUGUCGGAAGCCGUCAUUAAAUAAGGGCUAAAGAGAGAACUUAGCAUAGACGGACUUUAUACAUCCCUGAAACAAGACGGUCUUUAGUUUUAUUGACUGCAUAUAUGUGUCACUCAGUGUGUACGUGACUAGCUCGUG